GAGUAACGGUGCUGUACGUGUUUCAUGUUGGUUCCGUGUGCGGAAAAUAAACUACAAUAAAUUUGAUUUUGCUGUGUUCUUCCGUUGUGUGUUUGUGUAGACAUUGCACACAUUGGUGCAAUUCGCAUCAAUCAAUGGACUGUUUCGUUGUAUUGUGUGUGCAGCAGUGUUGACGGUGAGCAUACAACAUAACAAACUGUACCGAAAACGAAAAGGAGUGUUGAGGAGGCCUGCAACAGAGCGGAUGCAUGCGUACCGCUUUGUUUCGUUGAGUUGAGUGAGCGAGACGAACAGUAGUAAAUUGCAGCGGUUAGAGCAGGAGUAUCGAUUAAUAAUAAUAUUCACCCCUGCGGGGUACGGACGGUGUGUGUGUGUGUGUUUGUACAGUAGCAGCGAGCAUCGCGUUUGGGAAAAUCGUUUCGACAGGCAGCCAGCAGACAUUCAUUUCUGGGCUGUGUAAACUUUGUGUUAUUCGAUUCGAACUGCAGUUCGAAAGUGAGUUGCAGCAAUCCAUUAUCGUCAAGGUUUCGUGAGUGUGCCAAAAGUGUGUUGUGUCGCAGCCCGGGACGGGAAGGAAUAAUAGUUAUUCGUGUUUGGAGCUUUUGGUGCAUAGAUUCUCGGCAGGAAGAAAAGUGCCAAUAUGUUUUAGCAGCAGCCCCAAAGCGAAAAGUAGGUAGUCCGGGGGAAGAACAGAGGAGUGUUUCAGAUUUUUUUCCCAGCGUGAAAGUCUCUCAACAUUGUGGAACAGUGGCCUUUCGUGAUGGUAUACGUGUGGUGAAUAACGAUUCUACUCUGCAUUGGUGUGGUGAAGAGAUUGAUGAUAUUCCAAGGAAAACAGAAUCCGAUUUCGACCAAGUUCUAUCGAAAUAAAUAUUAGCUUCAAAGCUGGAAGUUUUAAUCAACAAGCCGAAGGCAACAACUGUGAUGUGUGGUGUGUAACAAAAAUUAUUGUACAACGCCUAACGAGCUUGUGAUGUGUGGUGAUUUUUUAUAGAAACGUCAAACAACUCGAAACGACCUACUCCUCCCUUCCUCCGCUGGGGCUGUUUUGUUACCUUGCGUGAAAAGAUUUGGCUGUGGUUGUGUUGUCGUCGUCGUCGCCAAUUGAUACUACACACAUGAGUGUGCUUCAACUGGGUCUGCUGAAGAAGAAUAUCAUUAAAAUGAAUGAAAUUAUAAUUGUACAAAAGUGAAAGAUCCCAGAGCACCGCCGCAGAAGGAAAAUAAAGGAAAAAUUGUAUUAGUUGUGUGUUGCGCACCUAUGAUUGCUGUGAGGUGUGGUGAUGUGAUGAGCGAGCAGUAGCUGGAGAAAAUACGCAAUGAUCCAAUCCACGAAACAUAUCAACAUUGGGGAAGAUUGAAUUUUUUCGGUGUUUGGAUUACCUCCCGAGAGAGAUAGAUAGAGAGCGAAAUAGCCUUUCGUGCAAAGUGCAGUGGUUCGUGUUUUUCGUUUGUGAAAGAUUCAAACAAUCCUGGGAACAUCGGGGUCUUUUUUGCACUAUCAAGAGACACCACUUACAGCUAGAGAGAAAUCGUUGAAGGUGCAGGUUUGCAGGACUGGCAGCUGAAUAGCAAAACCAAAUCAACAUGAGAACGAGUCCUCCACUCGUUCUGCCAUUCUGGACCGUUGUCGUCGAUGUCGUCGCGAGCCUAAGUCGAAGAUAGUGUUUUGACGACUUGUGACCACAGUAGUGUCGGUGAUAAAAUGGCCAGCCACAACAAUAGGAUUCUAGCCGAUAGGACAAUAGCACGGUCGUUGGGGAGCGAACAAGAAGUGAUGCUGAUCGGUUUCAAGCUGAGCCACUGUCGUACGGAGGUUUGACGUGCUCUCGCCGGAAGCUGUGCAACGAAGAGGAUUAUCCGCUGUGUUCGAUUGAUGAUCCUUCUUCUUCUCACUUGACUUGGUCCAUUUCCUACCGAGGAGUGAAAGUGCUUUUUGUGUUGUCGUCGAGUAGUCGGUGAGAAAAUUUGACGCGUUUCAACGUGGAAGAUUAGUGUGUGCGAAAAUUGUCGUCAAUUUGUCCUCGGAGUGAAACAGUGAGAUUCAGUGUUUGAUUUAUGAUCCGCAUGUGGUGCAGGUAGUGAAAAUGAAUUCCGUGUUUUCCGCAUUUAAAUCUUCCGGCAAGCACGAUGGCAAACAGAAGCUGUCGGGCGGGAAGAAAAUUGCCCAAGAUCCGCCCAGUAGCUACGAGAAGCUACGGCACAUUCGGGAAAUCAGCUGCAAUAAGAUGAACAACCUGGUGGUGCUCGGGGACCAUCAGGUUGAAACGAAUGGUGGCGGCUCGUCACCUUCCUGUGCCACUACGCCAGUCCAGAGUCCUUCGAGCGAGAAGAAUGUAGAACUGGAGUUGGCAUCCACCGACAAGGACCAGGUCAUUGGUGAGGACCAGGUGGAUCGGGCCAUCCCGAUAGUUGAACCCAGUUUAGCAGAAUCACUGCAACUACCUUCUGCUGAAGCAGUAACAAAACCAACGGCAACCACUAAGUCUGACACAUCGAGUGAUAGUUUAGGCGAUAGUAUAGUAGUGAACAAACCUCCUUCGGGGGCAGCAGCUGUGGCGGCAGCCGCGGCUGCCGCUGCAACCACAACGAUCAAUGGCGGCGGUGUCUUUGCCGUUCCCGCCAUUCCAGCAUCGUCGUCAACCAUUCCGACCAAUAGUAACAACAACAACAACAGUAGUAACAGUAGCAGCAGCCAAUGGAGCGUUGCCAGUGCCAGUAGUCGUUUCCACAAACCUAGACUUAGCCUGAGCAGUAGUCUUGGGUUAAAUGGUAGCAGUAGCAGUAACAGUAGCAGCAGCAUCAGCUGCAACAGCAACAGCAGCAGUAGUAGCAGUGCAAUGCCUUCGGUGCAUGGGCGCACCGGCGGUGGUUGUGGCGGUGCCGGCACCGGACAAACCGGGGCGCCCCAGAAGACCAGACUGUCGACGCACCAAAGAAAUCUUAGCUUAGACUUUAGAUCAAUGGGAAUCCUAUUACCUCCAGUGUCACAGGUGACCAAUACUCGAAUAAACAUGACCCAGCACCACAGGAAUCGAAGCUUGGAUAGUGCCCUCCAACGGAUACCAGAGGUGGAGGUAUCGUCGCCAAGUGCCGAAUCGGAGAAUACCUUGUGUACGAAUUCCAUCCUCGGAACGACGAUGUGCACAAAAAUCAUCCAAUCCUCUUCGACGAACCCGACCAAUACACCGGCCAUUACACGGGGGAUCGGUUGUAGUAGUAAUAGUAAAAGUAGCAGCAACAACAAUGGGAACGGGAUCGGUUCCGAUGAUGCCUGUGCCGGGGAUGGGACCAGCAGUAGUCGAAGCAGUAGUACUAGCAGUGGGGCCGGAUUGGACGGAAGCGGAGCUGGAUCUGCGCUUGUGCCAGGGUCGAGGACAGGAAAGGUGGACAAUGACUCCCACGGUGGAAAGGAGAACGAUAGUAAAAAGAGGGAAGAUCUGACCAGCCUAGGAUCGGACGAUUCCGGCAUCAUUUGCGGAUCGGAACCGGACCACACCUCGUUGACGCGGAUCCGGCGUUCCCGGGAAAGUCUCGAUUCGGGCGAAAUUGAUCCCUCCGAGGAGGAAUGUAUCGAAAUCCUGGAAACCACCUCGAUGGACGAGGAGUACCGGAUGCUCCAAUCGGAUCUGUGCUUCUACCCGUUGACGCUGUCGUCCGGCGGGGGCGAUGGCCAGAGCACUAGCAGCAGUACGAUCGGAGGAAACACCCGAGAUAGUCGGAGUGCGAAAUCGGUCGACAGUAGUGGAUCGUCGUCUUCCACGGACCAUACGAACGUUAGCGAAAAGAUUCGCUAUCGGGAGCAAAACAUCAACCGGGUUGCCAUCAUGCUGGAGACGAUUUGCGUUCCGAUUGACUAUGAGGAUGGACCAGCAUCACCGACGCCGAUGGCGGAAAAUGAUUCGACGGUGGAACCGGCAACCGGGGAAGACGAAGUGGACGCAGUCACUCCAAUUGUGUGUGAAAGCAAAUCCAUCAUCGUUGGAGCAGAUGGAGAAGCAACGACGCCAGUGGUGGAAUCGAAGGAAACAGUUCCAGCAAAUCCUGUGCCAAGUACUACUAGCCAAAAGAGUGACCAAAAGAACGAGAUCAUCUUCCGAAAUUUUUUCGGCGCUACAAAGAAUGCCAUUUUUAGAACAGCCCAGAGCAUCAUCGAUAAUCACGAGAAGAAGAGUGCGAAGAACAAAGAAAAGGAUGAAGAAAAAGUGAAAUCCCCCACGGAGAUUUCCAAAAAGCGAGAAUUCGGAGUUCUACGAUCGAGAAUGAGGAAAUCGGAUAGUAAUAGCAAUGCUGCAGCGAACAGUAGUAGCACUGCCGCGAGCAGUUCCAACAAUACAUUGAGUCCAGAACCGCAACUUUCCCCGGAAGCGGAGGUCAAGAGUCUUUCAAAAUCAUCGUCCACUAGUUCGUUAAAAGUGCCGGGAGUUGCGGUCGCUACCUGUAUAAACCCAAAGGAAAUCAUCGAGCCCCAAAUCAAAGCCGAACGUGGCCAAAGCGGCCUGUUGAGGUUCUUUGAGUCACCGGUCUUCAAUAUCCACUUUGCCGUCCACUACCUGUUCUAUUCGAAAGAACCGGGCGUCCUCAGUUUUAUCGGUAACAAAAUUUUCAGUUUCCCCGAUAUCGAAGUCGACCUCUACAUCCCGCAGCUGAUUGUAAUGUACAUGCAAAUCGAAGAGCUUUCGGAAGUCCUCGAUCCGUACCUGGUCUAUCGGUGUCGAAGGUCCGUAGACUUCUCGCUGAAAUGCGUUUGGCUACUGGAAGCCUACAACUUCAACAUGGGCAUGCUGAGCAAUAACGGAAACUCGAUCCGGAAACAUUUGACCCUGUUGAAGGAACUCUAUCCCAAACGGGAGCGGAAACAACACCUCAGAGCAGUGGAACCCGUUCCCGCAGUCGACACAACCAAAAAGACCCACCAUCGAUCGCAAUCGGACGCUACCGGUCUAAUGGGGUCGCUUUCCAUGAACCCCAAACUCUACCCAUCUCUCGCCAAGCCGCUAUGCCUCGGAGAUCUCAGUAGUGGACGAGCUUUCGACAAUGGCUGCGUGUGCUUCGAAUCCGUUCGAGGCACGGUCAACGAUCUCCUCGGUCAGCAAACCAUCUGUUCCUGUGGUGCUCCCAAGCUGACUCCGGAAAGGGAAUUCAUGAAAUCUCUCAUCGACAUCGGCCGAAUGCUAACCUCUCUGCAAACAAAAAUCGAGAAAACUUCCCGCCUGCGGAUACUGCUGAACUUGAUCAACAAAAAUCUUCCAGCUCGAGUAUGGCUUCCACUGCACUCCGAAACACCGCAUCACAUCGUACGGAUAACGGAGGAGAAAACCGCCGUGCUGAACUCCAAGGACAAGACCCCCUACAUCAUCUACGUAGAAGUCAUCGAAGUGAAUGACAUCUACACCUCGCCAGUUAUUCCGAAAAUGAUGCCCACCCUAAGGCACACCAAGAGCGAGGAACGGCUGGACAGCGGAGCCCAACCGAACGCCUCGUCCGAAUCAAACAUUCCUGCUGCGACUGCUUCGACUACCAGUGGUCAAAUACUACCGAAGCUACGGGUGUCGAAGAUGUCGGAAUGCUCGGCCGGGGACCUGUCGUCACCGAGCGUCGUCACCGGAUAUCCAUAUCCGUCGUCGUCCGGACUGGGCAUGUACGACUUUGGGUUCACCGAGGACGACGUGUGGUCCCAGGAGGACGACGAGAUCACGGCACAGUAUUUGAAUCUGCACAAGAGCCUCUCGGAGCGGGACACCAUUUCGCAGUUUUCCAUGGAUUCGUACGAUUCGCGGGAGCAAUCAACUCCGGCUAUGUUCAACAUCGGGGAGGUUAGAAACCGUCACUGUGCCAAUCUGAGCUCGGAGAGUACGAGGCCAUUUAGUAACGAUCCGGAGGAUCCGUCGGCUGCCGUUUUGAAGGAGCCUUGGCACGAGAAGGAAAGGCAAAUCAAGGAGAGUUCUCCCUACGGUCACCUGCAGAACUGGAGGUUACUUUCGGCGAUCGUCAAGUGCGGUGACGACCUGCGGCAGGAGCUGAUGGCUACGCAGCUGUUGGAGAUGUUCCAACUCGUUUGGAAGGAGGAAAACGUAGACCUCUGGGUGCGACCGUACAAGAUCGUCUGUCUGUCGAACGAUUCCGGCCUGAUCGAACCGAUCCUGAACACCGUGUCGCUGCACCAGAUCAAGAAAAAUUCCAACAAGAGUCUCAGCGACUACUUCGCCGACGAGUACGGUGGCGGUGAGGACUCGGAGUGCUUCCGAACGGCCCAGCGCAACUUUAUGCAGUCCUGUGCGGCGUACUGCUUGAUUUCCUACCUGCUGCAGGUUAAGGAUCGUCACAACGGCAACAUCCUUCUCCAUUCCGAUGGCCAUCUGAUUCACAUCGACUUUGGGUUCAUCCUCAGCAUAUCUCCCAAAAAUUUAGGUUUUGAGCAAUCCCCUUUUAAGCUGACACCGGAGUUUGUCGACGUGAUGGGCGGUCCUGCGUCGGAGUUGUGGCUGGAGUUCAAACAUCUGUUGCUGGAAGGACUUAAAGCCGCCCGGAAGCAUAUGGAUCGGGUCAUCAACAUUGUGGAGAUUAUGAGAAGCAGCUCCCAACUACCGUGCUUCAAGAAUGGCUGCUCCGGAACGGUCCGGAAUCUGCGCAAUCGGUUCCACAUCAACCUGACCGAGCAGGAGCUGGAGCGCAAGGUCGAACAGCUGGUGCAGGAUUCGCUCAAUUCCUACACGACCAAACUGUACGACAGCUACCAGUACUUCACCAAUGGCAUUUUGUGAGAGCGAUUUUUCAUGAAGAUCUAAGCAAGAGAGCGAUUGCAUGUUUCUCUCUGCGACAAGGUUCAGGACAGGUAAGAGAAAUACAAAAUUUAAAAGUAAACAAACUCAUUGAUGGCCAUGGUUGAAGAGACAAUUAUAAAGAAAAAGUACAAAAAAAGUUUCUAUUGAUGUUUCCCUUGUUUUUGUUUGUAAAGAAAAAAUAUACACAUUUGAAGCUAAGCCAGCUAUAAUAUCUGAUGUAUGGAGGCAUGUUUAUUUUCCAUUGGUUCUGAUUUGUCUGCGAAAAUGCGUUGGAGAGUGCUGCAGCCGUGAAGAAAGCUGCUUGAUGUGUAAAUGUUGUGUAAAUAUAGUCAAAGGAAAGUCCUUAGUGUAGUUUAAAAAGAGAUGAUGUAAAAAACGAAAUAACGGGUUUUUCUGUGAAAAACCUUUUUUCUCUCAUAUUUUUUAAACCAUCGUGUAAGAAUGCGUUUUGUAUAAACAAGAAGCUGCGGGUUAUGGGGCUGCAAACCGUAAAUUGAAAACGAAUAAGAAUGAGAACAAUGCAAAUAAAUCGACUUGUAAUUCACACAUUUAAAUUUUAAAUAUAAAAUCUUUAUUCCGUAUAUAGUUGUCGCAGGCAGUCGUAUGUUUUUGUGCAUUACUACUCUAGGUGGAUACACAAGUGAAAGAGAACGUCUAUUCCGCUAAGCCGCGCUACGAUAGAUAAACAAAAAUGCAUAUUUGUACUAUUUUAUGCUAGUAAAGGCUAGGGUUUAAAAAAAAAAACAGUCGCUUGGAUAGUUUUUAAACAAAUCACAUCAUUCAAGUAUAGGGAGGGAAGAAUUUCGAGGGAAUGUCAUCCAAUUUAUACUCAUACCGGCUAGCGAAUGUGCGAUUUAUUCAUUUAUAUUAUCGAAUCUUAUCUUGUUCUAAUUAAGUCCCACAUGGGAGGAACUGCAUGAAAUGAAUUCACACCUCUCAGAUAAUUACUAAUGUACACAAUGAGAAGGAGUGAAAGAGAGAGAGAGAAAAAGCAAAAGCUUGUUAAGUUGACUGUUCCGAUUUUCCUUAAUAAGAUGGCCGCCACAUCUCAGUAGCCGUCAAUGUGCUAAUUUUGAAAUAUUUGACUGUUAUCCGACGCAACAGAAACAAACCAAACACUCUUGUCUGUUUUUCCUUUUUAUUCCUGUUAGCUGCAAUUUAAUGUUUGCUUCGAGUGUAAAUAUAUCAACUUCAUCGAUUGGAAUUUACUUUCGGAACCCUCGAAGAGUUCGUUUUACCUUUAUUCCCAAACGUAUAAAUAUAAUAUAGUUGAAUACAAUCACAUUUCUAUCGAAAAUAUACACUUUAGUCUACCGCAUAACACUAAAUCUUACACACGCUUUAUAUUCGACUAUUAGAAACUUUCAUUUUGCUCUGAUAGUUGAGAAGAGAAAACAUUAUAGAUGAAACAAGCAAGAAAUCUUACCUAUUACUAUUACAAACAAAGGAAACAGAAAAGCGUGCAUUUUAAUGCAAACCCCCCGAAAGGAACAAUAUACUCAAGAAAGAAACGAAGAAGUCAAGCAAAGCAAGCAACAAAUGCGGAACAACAUAAUACUCUUUGUCGUAUUAGAAGGAAAUUAAUUCCGGUAAAAUUCCGAAUUCCAUGCGUGACUUAUGAAACCAAUAUUUCAGCAACAACAACAACAAACAAACAAAAAACAGCCAAACUGCACUUUUCGAGCUCUUGCGCGAGCUUAUACGAGUCCGUUUUCCACACAAGUCUACUAUUAACUUAAAAUUACCUACAAAACUUUUCUUUUCCGAAACGAAAAAAUCAAAAUCUUCAAGUUACACAAAGCAAAACGACUAAACGAAUCACCCGUCAACUGAGAGAAGAAGGAGAAUAAAAGAGAUCGCGCGCCCCCGGGUGAGUCGACACGGACGCAAGAGUCUUUAAAAUCGUAGAUAGCUUUUUCAUAUAUUAUAUUAAAUUAAACUACCGAGAAAAAAAAAACCUAAACAGAAGAAAGGUAAGAACAUGGCAGGCAUACGAACUCCGAUGAAAAUAAUAGAGGUUAUACGGUGAAAUAUAAGAGGAAAAAAAUAUUAAAAAUCAUGGAAACACAACAAAAGUCCUAUAUUUAUUAAUCGUAAAGAGGAAGGAUGAAGAAUAAAAAUGCAUAAUUUGGAACAGAAGCCGCAAAACUGGCGCGACGGGAGGAAACUGUUUUGCGCUAAUAUUAAGAUUAUUGAUUAGUUCCAGUAAUUGAUAAUGAUUAAUACUACAGCAAAUAUGGAAACUAAGGUAAAUAAAUAAUAAUACGUAA